UGGGCCAGCGGGACUCCCGGGCUGCGAGCCUCAGGUCGGAGCUCGGGGCUAGUGCCCGCAGGGAGGCGGAAGAGCUCGGUCCCCCCAGGGGCGCCGCAGCCCGGGCUUGUGGGGGCGCAGGCCCGGGGGAUGCUGGGCUCUGUGAAGAUGGAGGCCCACGACCUGGCCGAGUGGAGCUACUACCCGGAGGCGGGCGAGGUGUAUUCUCCGGUGAACCCCGUGCCCACCAUGGCGCCUCUCAACUCCUACAUGACCUUGAACCCACUCAGCUCUCCCUACCCUCCCGGAGGGCUUCAGGCCUCCCCGCUGCCUACAGGAGCCCUGACACCCCCAGCCCCCACCGCACCCCUGGGGCCCACCUUCCCAGGCUUGGGCACGGGUGGUGCCACAGGCAGUGCUUCCGGGUAUGGAGCCCCAGGGCCCGGGCUUGUACAUGGAAAAGAGAUGGCAAAGGGGUACCGGCGGCCCCUGGCCCACGCCAAACCACCAUAUUCCUACAUCUCUCUCAUAACCAUGGCUAUUCAGCAGGCGCCAGGCAAGAUGCUGACCCUGAGUGAAAUCUACCAAUGGAUCAUGGACCUCUUCCCGUAUUACCGGGAGAACCAGCAACGUUGGCAGAACUCCAUCCGCCAUUCGCUGUCCUUCAAUGACUGCUUCGUCAAGGUGGCGCGCUCCCCAGACAAGCCGGGCAAAGGCUCCUACUGGGCCUUGCAUCCCAGCUCUGGGAACAUGUUUGAGAACGGCUGCUAUCUCCGCCGUCAGAAGCGCUUCAAGCUGGAGGAGAAGGCAAAGAAAGGAACGGGCGCCACAUCCGCCAGCAGGAGUGGUACAGCGGGGUCGGCCACUUCUGCCACCGCCGCAGCUGCCACUGCAGUCACCUCCCCGGCUCAGCCGCAGCCUACACCGUCUGAGCCCGAGGCCCAGAGUGGGGAAGAUGUGGGGGUUCUGGACUGCGGCGCCUCACCCUCUUCGUCCACACAGUAUUUCACCGGCCUGGAGCUUCCGGGGGAACUGAAGUUGGAUGCGCCCUACAACUUCAACCACCCUUUCUCUAUCAACAACCUGAUGUCAGAACAGACAUCAACACCUUCCAAACUGGAUGUGGGGUUUGGGGGCUACGGGGCUGAGAGCGGGGAGCCUGGUGUCUAUUACCAAAGCCUCUAUUCCCGCUCUCUGCUUAAUGCGUCCUAGCAGCGCAAUUGGGAAAGCGGUGAUGAGCGUUAGCUGUGACACGCCAGGUUCUCGGGCUCUGAUCUUUCUGGUUACACUUCGCUUGUCCCGUUAAUUAACUUUUUAUUUGGCCUAUUACUGUGAUAUGACCCACUGGCUACUGUGGUAGCUGCCAUGGACUCUGGUGGGCCCAGGGUUGGGGUACUGUGAGGGCGGAUGCAUUUGGGAGUGUUGCAGAAGUGGCCGUGGACAUAUUGUGAAGGCAGUUAGGCUGUGUACGUGGAAGCUGCCGUACUAGGUGAAGCCAUUGGGUGACUGAGCCACUGGGUACCCGAUCGUCUUGAUGUUGGAUGACUUACUGUUUGGCCCUUUGGAUGCUGUGAUGGACAUCUUGAUUGACCUUUUGAGUGUGUGACAGCACUCUGUGUCAGCCCGUUUGAUCCUGGGAUCAUCUUUUUUCUUUUUCUCCCCCCCCCCUUUUUGGCAGACUUCUUGGUACAGGAGAUGCCAGGUUGGUCACCAUCUCACACGGGGUCUUUUUUGACAUUCUGGAUGCAUGGAAGGUCACCUUAUUGGCAAGGUGACAUCUCUCGGCAUGCUUUUGGGCACCGAGAUCAUCACCACAGGCCCGUCGUCACCUUCUCCUUGGUGGGUGUUGGGUGCCGGGUAGAGGUGAGCACACCAGUGACUUUUCUCUGAAGCCCAUCCCCCACCCUGUCCCUGAGAAAACUAGUGUGGGUGUAGGGAGCUCCUACUGAGGUCAAGUUCUUGUCUGGGGCAUGGGAUACUGCCUGUGUUUGGCCAUUAAAAAG